AUGGCACCCGUCGCAACCCCCACUACCGACUUUAUCACUGCACCCAAUACUGUCUACGAUAUCAUCGCUCAGGCUAUCGACCGCGCGUUCAGCCAAGAUAUUCGCAACCUUACACGGACUAUACUCGAGUGCAAACCCAGAGGCUCAGUUAUCGUUGUGAACCUGACGGAGCACGAAGAUGAUAUGGCUACUGUCUGGCCCAUGCUUAGCGCCCAGCAGGCGUACAAGGAGAGCAAUGUCACCCAUAUCAAUCAUUUGUCUGUGAGCUCGGGGUUGCGCAAAUCAGUUCUAUUCCUGGUCUCUACUCGCGAGUUCAUUGCAAACCCCGCAGAUGGCGCCACCCCGCGCUCUGAUGUUGAGAGCGGCAAGCUUCAAAUUCGUGGACCGAUAGUGCUCGUAAGCUACUACAACAAUGUCGAGGCUACGUCCUCUAGCUUUGUUGAGGGCGCCUGGUACCACUCGACGAUGUUGGCAUCAUCGAAAAUAGCGUCAUGCGCCUUAGCGGUCGCAUCAGGACACCAUCAUCAUUCAUGGUGUCUCUAUGUGAUCCCUGUGCUCGAAACCAACGUCCAGACGGUUGAAGGGAUCACGCACUCGUUCCUCGCUGCUGCACCCCACCGCGCUCCUGGCCAGGAGACCGAAGGGUUCGAUCAUCAUUAUCUACUCGCCGACUUUCGACCUCGACGGAGCAGAUGCCUUCAAAAGCUUUUCGCCACACACCGAGCCCUGCGGGAUAUCUACGGAAAAGCGCUUGCGGAAAUAUAUGUUGGCGUCUUUGACCUCGCGAAACGCGGGGUGUCAGCGAGCUACAGAUUCUUCGAGUUCAGCAGAGCUUCUAUUGAUGUCAACAAGCUCAAGCGCGAGGGAGAGGCACACUUCGAUCUACCCGAGAUCUCCACCAUGCAAAUCAUCAAGCACCCCUUUGUCUCGAACCUAGCAAGCUAUGUGAACGCCUUGCCUUCAAAGGACAGCCAGACUGAGGAGCAAGAUAAUGAAACGGUGCCACGGGAAGACGUACUGGGGUGGAGACGAGGACACCGCGACGGAGGCGACUUGGAGUUCCAACCGUGUUUGGUGAGGGAUGGUACCUUUAAAUUCCUGAAGCUGGUCAUCCUUACUUCUUCCUCCCAACCCAUUUUGAUAUCAAUCAUGAACGCCUCCGUUCCUUCACACCCUCUUGCGCACAACAUGCUGAGCGAGCACAUUAACACUUGGACUCGAAAAGCUGAAGGGAAAGACAGACUCACUCAGGAACCACAUUGGAAGUCAUCCCCAUCAGCAGUCAAGAUACAGCAGUUUUUGCAGGAACAAGCUGUGUAUGAUAUAAUGGUGCCUUUGGGUCCGCAGAAAUACCCAAAAUCGUCGUCGUUGUUCCAACCUUUGAUGCCCGUUGAGCACCCUACUGUAUCUGUGGAUAACUGUAAGCUGCAAGAGUGCUCACCAGGGGAGCCGCAGGGCAGUUUCAUGGGUGUGAUCACCAAGUCUUCAGAUGCAAUAGCUAUGCCAGCCAUCGCUGCGACAGAAAUGAUAAUAGUGCACCCGAUCGCAUUCACAGACGCACUCCGCGAGUCCUUUUGGUACGGUGAUGUGGCAGACGCAUCCACGGACCAUAUGCAUCUGACACCCUAUAAUCAAGCGAAUUAUGAUAUCAUCGUCAAACGUUGCUACGAGUGGGACUUGGUAGGAUAUGCUUGUGACAAGAUCUGA